AUGAAGCGGCCCCUGAGCCCAUCCCCCCCGGCUGAAAAGGAGCCCCCCAUUCCUGGAGCUGCUGAGUGUGCCCCUCGGCCCCCAGAACCACCUAAGCCCAAGCGGGAAAGGAAGCGGCCGUCGUACACGCUCUGUGACGUCUGUAACAUCCAGCUGAACUCCGCGGCCCAGGCCCAGGUGCACUGCGGGGGGCGGGCUCACCAGAGGCGGCUUCGGCAGCUCAGCCUGGGGAGGACCCCCUCGGGGCCAGCAGGCCCAGCCUCCAGCGCCCCCAGCCCCCUGCUGGCCUCGCUGCCCCUGCCCGCCCGGCCUCUGCAGCCCCCGCUGGACUUCAAGCAUUUGCUCGCCUUCCACUUCAAUGGCGCCGCCCCGCUCAGUCUCUUCCCCGGCUUCAGCACGAUGGACCCGGUCCAGAAAGCCGUCAUCAGUCACACGUUUGGGGUCCCCACCCCUCUGAAGAAGAAGCUCUUCAUCUCUUGUAACAUCUGCCACCUGAGGUUCAACUCAGCGAACCAGGCAGAAGCACAUUAUAAAGGCCACAAACACGCCAGAAAACUCAAGGCUGUCGAAGCUGCCAAAAGCAAGCAGAGGCCACAGACCCUGGCCCAGGACGGGACCACAGUGUCCCCAACCCUGACGCUGGCUGGUGGAGCCCCUGGAGAGUCGCAGAGCACAGCCAUUCCUGCAGCCCCUUCUCUUGGCCCUCCACUCCAGCCACCGCUGACUCCGGAACCCACAUUCAAGGAACCAGUCCCCUCAGACCUCUUGGAUGCUGCCUCCUCUUCCUCUUCUUCCUCCUGCCUGCCCUGCUCCCCGGAGCCUGGGAGAGAGGCGCCAGGGCCGGAGCCGGCGGCGGCAGCUGCCGCGGGAAGCAGUGUGAGUGGGGAAGGCAGGAGCGAGAAGGGGCGCCUCUACUGCCCCACGUGUAAGGUGACCGUGAACUCAGCCUCCCAGCUUCAGGCUCACAACACAGGAGCCAAGCACCGGUGGAUGGUGGAAGGCCAGCGAGGGGCUCCCCGCAGGGGCCGAGGCCGCCCGGUGUCUCGGGGAGGGGCCGGACGCAAGGCCAAGAGAGUGGCGGGUGGCCGGGGUGGCCGGCAGGGACCCAGCCCCCCCUUCCACUGUGCUGUCUGUCAGCUCCAGGUCAACUCAGAGACCCAACUCAAGCAGCACAUGAGCAGCAGGAGGCACAAAGACCGCCUGGCCGGGAAGCCCCCCAAGCCCUCCAGCCAGCACAGCAAGCUGCAGAAGCACGCCGUGCUGGCCAUGAGUGUCCUCAAGUCUAAACUGGCCUUGCAGAAGCAGCUCACCAAGACGCUGGCGGCCCGCUUCCUGCCUAGCCCGCUCCCCGCCGCUGCCGCAGCCAUCUGCGCCCUGCCAGGGCCCCUGGCCCUCCGCCCUGCCCCCACCGCAGCCACGACUAUCUUCCCAGCUCCCAUCCUGGGCCCGGCUCUGUUCCGCACCCCAGCGGGAACUGUCCGCCCUGCCACGGGACCCCUCGUUUUUGCCCCCUACUAG